GCACCAUCAUGGUUUCAGUCAAAUUGUCCUCGCAAGAGUUGAGUGGUCAAGGCGAUAAAACGACGCCGCAGCCAGUUUCCUACCAAGAAAAGACAAGCCCAGAGCAAGCACAACCAGAGCAAAAGUGGUAUCAAAGCACGUUGAUUCGUGUGUGUUCGUUCAUUCUUAUCGUAGAGGCAUGUGAGCGCCUCUGUUACUACACUUUUUCUGGGUCGCAGAAAGCUUUCCUGCAACAGGCGGGAUACAGCAACUUUCAAAGUAGUUCAAUCAAUGCGGUCUUUUCCAUGCUGUCGUAUGUGACGACCAUCCUGGGAGGAUUUGUUGCCGACUCGUAUCUUGGACGCUAUAAGACAAUUGUAUUGUUUUCUUUUAUCUACGUGGUGGGCGUGUGUGUUACCGUAGUUACAUCUAUACCUUCCAUCAUGAAUGUACAGUUGUAUCUGGUAGGUACCUUAAUGUUAGUGUCUCUUGGGACUGGCGGCAUCAAGGCCAAUAUCAACAACUUUGGUGCAGAUCAGUACGAUCUGCGAAUCCCUGGCGAGCAGGCUGAACAGGAGAGAUUCUUCUCGUAUUUCUACAUGGUUAUCAACAUUGGUGCAGCCGUUGCUUAUGGAUAUCUCGUUACACUUGCAAGCUCUGGUCACCCGCCGGGCAUCCCGAAAGAGUACGGUUUUAUGUCGGCAUAUUCGAUUGCCGCUUGCUGCAUGAUAAUCGCAGUGGCUGUGUUCCUACUCGGAACCCCCAGAUACACGAAGAAGUUGGUGGAGGGUAAUAGUCUGGGAGGGUUAGCUUACUACAUUUGGGCGUGUGCGUUCAAGUCAGGUCAGCGUUCGCUCAAGGGAUUUUUGUCAUUCGUAGGAUGGAUAUGCUUAUGGUUGUCAAUUAUUAUGGCGCUUGUCCAAGCCUUCAUCACGUACGAAUGGCUUGGUUUCCUCACACUCGGUAUCGGCGCUAUUGCCGUAAUUUUACUCGCGGGUUGCCAUUUUCGAAAUGAUCACCUUGACGGAUGCGAAGAUCAGACCUUCCUCACCGUUAAAGAUGCCAAGAUGUUUCUCGACACUGUUCCCAUUAUCAUGGUGGGGAAUAUGGCGUUUCAAUGCGCAUAUAACACCAUGAUGAAUGUGCUUAUGUCUCAGGCUUGCCAGAUGGAUUUAAGAGUUGGGGGUGGACAGAUCAACGGCGCUUUCUUCAACAUCGCCGACUGUUUCGCGAUCAUUAUAUUCACGCCAGUUCUUGAGAAGGGGUUGUAUCCCCUGUUGGAAAUGGUACAACACAAGCCAGUUUCUCGUACACAAAAGCUCGUGGGUGGCCUUGUAAUCACCGUCGCCGCUAUGGCUAUUGCAGCUGUUUUGGAAAUCACCCGUCGCUCUGCCGAUGUUCUUGAGGGUGUCUCCUCCGACUGUGCACCUCUCACCGAAGAAGGCUUAGGAGUCUAUAUGAGUAAUCAAGCCGCUUGGUGGAUUUUCAUACCCUUCGGUCUUAUUGGUAUUGCUGAAAUAAUGGUUAAUCCGGUCUUGUAUUUCUUCACAUACACUCAAACUCCGUUCAAUACGCGUUCAUUGGCAAUGGCCUUUGUACUGAUGGUACAAGGAUCGUUGUCCAAUGUAUUCUCGUCUGCUUUCUCUACGGCGUUGCAGAGGUAUUACACAGAUGACCUUAACGACGGGCACCUUGAGUAUUUCUACUACCUUGCCGGUAGCAUGGCGGUGGUCGGUAUUCCUGCUUAUAUCUUGACUGAUCGGCAAUUUAUUGAGAAAAAGUUCGAUGGUCGUGGAGAUGACCGUCUAGCAAAUGCCAAUGACGGCGAAAGUAUAGUUGAACUUUGUGGCCACAUCAGCGCUGAGGAUAAGGUCGUUCUUGUAUAAGAGGGCAAAGAGUAGAUUUAGAAUUGUGCAACAUAUCGGCAAAUAAGUACCGUGGUGUAUUGUAUACAGGGCAAUUAUUAUUAAUAAACAGAAGAUAAC